AUGCGCUCAUGGGGAGCUUUGGGCGUUGCGAUCCAUGCAUCUUUGCUGGCGCUGCUGGCUCAAGGGAUUCAUAAAUCCAGCGAUGGGGUGUUUAUGAGGCCGCUGCACCGUUUUGCCGUGAUGGACCGAGGAACUGGAUAUCACCUGCCGAGCUACAUGAUGCAACUUUACAGGAAUUUCAAGUCGAAUUUUUCAGGCCUUAUGGAUACGAUGGAGCAAGAUGCCGCAAGACAAGCAGACACCGUGAAGAGUAUGAUGGCUAAAAAUUUGACGUACAGACAUAGAUCCUGGGUGGCAACCUUUGACCUCCAUGCGCUGGGAGCUGACAAACAAAUCCAGGCAGCAGAGUUGAGAAUCAAGCUACCUCGGACAAUGAAUGUUUCCAACAUUAGUGUGGAGGUGUAUCACCACCAUGACCAGGAUCAGCAUCUGCUGGCACUGCUCACAGAAUCGUCACUAGUCACAUCAUCGCAGAGCUGGAAAGUAUUCAACAUGACAAGUCCCCUCUUGAGCUGGCUCAAAGAGAAAUCAACAACAAGAAUUCGACACAAACGAGUGUCAAGAAGAAGGAAAACGAUAAAAAAAAGGCGAGGCCUGCCUCUUCCCGAUGAGCCCGUUUAUGAAGGAAGUUUGACAAAAGACCAGGAUGUGAGUGACCGGGCCUUGCUGGUUGUCUUCUCACACACAGGGUCUGAUGAAAACUCAAAGGCUAAAGCGAGCUUACUCCAUACAGCUGAACAAUCCAAGUUCUUCUCCCCUGCUGAAAUCAAAAAGAGGCGAAGGAGCAAACGGGGCCAGAGGGAGCAAACAGCAAGAACCCCGCAGCUGUUCAAAAGAGUGAGUGAAAAAUCGCUCUGUCACAAAGUGGACCUGCAUGUCGACUUUAAUCAGAUUGGCUGGGGGUCCUGGAUUGUCUUUCCUAAAAAAUACAAUGCCUACCGCUGUGAAGGCUCCUGCCCUAGUCCUCUGAGAGAAGACUUAAAUCCAACCAAUCAUGCCUACAUGCAGAGUCUCCUGAAGCAUUUCCACCCUGACAGAGUGGCCUCACCCUGCUGUGCACCAACCAAAAUGAGCCCACUGAGCAUGUUGUACUAUGAAAAUGGAGAAAUGCUCCUUCGACACCACGAGGACAUGAUUGUGGAUCAGUGUGGGUGCCAGUGA